AUGGACGCCGAUUUAGAAAAUCAGCCGGGCCCAUCUGACGAAUUUGACCAAAGCUCCGACAACAGCGACUCUCCACCGCUGGUCAGUGCAAAGCAAUUAAAACGUGAGCGCACGGUUGAAAAAGCAAGACACACCAAGUUGAUCACAAAAAUUAAUCAACACAUCGCUGGACUGGGUAGCAAACGGGAGCUAGCAGUGCAUCGCGCGUCACUAGCCGAUCAACUAGAAGAAUGCACAGCGGCUCAUGAGCGAUACAUCAAAGCGCCAGAUUUCAACGCAAAGAAAAAAGAAGACCCAAACGACUGGAUCAGAAAAUGUGAAGCAAAAACGAUGGAAGUUUAUGGCAAAAUCGACAGAUAUAUCCGCACGCCGCGGUCCUCCAUACACUCAUCUGUCGGCGACGAAGCAGCGUUUAACAACACGUUAACAAAACAACCCGAAAAUCCAGACUCGGUCGUUGGCUCAUCAGUUUCAAAAUCGAAAGCGUCACAACGUUCCGACUCCGCCGCCAUCAUAAGCGAGAUGCAGCAACGUCUAAAUCAAGAAGCGGAGUUAAGAAGGAGCGUCGAAGAUCAACUUUCAAAAGCGACGAUAACUUUGACGCAGAUGACCCUCGAUUCCGUGAGAAUUUCUAGCGAAAUCGAACGCAACGCUGAGCUACAACGAAAAUUCCAGCAGCAAGCUGAUCAGAUGGCGAAAGAAAAAAGAGACAGCGACGAGGCCGAACUUCAAUAUCGAACUCUGGUUGAAAAAGAUAAACGAGAGACGAACGAAAAACACGAAAGGGCUAUGGAAGCCGUCGACACCCGAAUCAAACAGCUAGAAGAGCUGUCACGGCAGAAAAAAGAAGUUGAACGUUCCGAAAAAGCCGAUGCCCCGGGACAGGGAGCCAUCCAGAAAAAGCGUGUAGACUUCAGCGACCACAACACGGAAGUUACAGCUGAAGGGACCAAGGAAACGGACGACAAUGGCAACAGAGAAUAUUUGAUUCGACGACCAAUACCAAAUUUUUCUCGCGACAAACCGGAAGCUGCCAAUCCAAGUUCCAAUCCUGGCUUUUUCAACAGCAGCACCUUUGACGAUUUGAAUUUAGAUGGCGAUCAAGAUCCGUCAUUCAACCGCUACGUUCCGCCUUCCUUUGGAGCGCAAAACUAUCAGACGUCAUUCUUCCAGCCCACCGCUCCGCUUUUAUUCGGAACGCAAAACCAUAGUGCGAGAUUCUUCCAGUCCACCGCUCCGCCUUCAUUUGGAGAAGCGAAUAAAAAACCGACAGAAAAAAACGAAAGUCGGAACAGCCCGACAGUCGACUCGUCAAAAUGGUCGUUCAACAACACGAAAAGCGGGCCGGCUGCUGGCAACACCCCGAACCGAAAAUCCGUAUUCCGAAUGCCGCGACUAGAUCUUGACCCGUUCGAUGGCGAUCCAAGAAAGUGGCCGACUUUCAUCGCCAAUUUUAGAGAUUUAGUCAACGACGAUCAGGCGAUAUCAAGCACUCAAAAAAUGGCGCUUCUCCGAAGUUGUUUGAAAUCAAACAUUCAGCAGAGUCUGGGUGAUUGUCUAAACGAUCCAGCUUUGUAUGAAGCAGCGCUUGAAGAGCUCGAGUGUACAUAUGGCCAUCCUCAUCUAAUUUCAAGAACGUACAUUAGAAGCAUUCUUGAUCUUCCGAAAGUUCCGCAUUUUAACGACUAUCGAGCCCUCUUAGGAUUUUCUACGUCCCUGCGUGGCGCCGUGUCGUCGCUGAAAAAUGGCGGCUACGAAAAUGAGCUGAAUUCCGGCGGCCUACUAGAAAUAAUUCUCGACAAGCUCCCUGCUGACAUUCAAAGCAAGUGGGGGAAGAAGAUAGUAAAAGUGCACCCGCAAUUCCUGACUCUGCAAGAUUUUGUACCGUGGCUGCACACCAUCGUGAAAGCCGAAAUGGUUGUGAAGCACGCCAAAGCGUCAAAUUCUCAACCGACAGAAGGAAAAGCUGGACGACAAGACCGAAAACCGGGCCGGCAAAUUCAAAGCAAAUUGAAUUUGCCCGUCUCACCAACGAUCCUCUCGAUAUCGACCGCAUCGAACUCGAAUCCGAAACCGAAGGUUCAGAACACCGUUCAAUUCAAGAACCUAAAAGAAUGUCUUGUUUGCAACGGCAAUCACAAGCUCCAAGACUGCAAGAAAUUCUCCGAUUUAUCCGUAAUCGCAAGGAGCGACCUCAUCAAGAAAAAUGGUUGCUGUCUUCGGUGCCUUGAAAAAGGUCAUUUAGGUCGCGACUGUAGCAGCAGCAAAAAGUGUGGUGUCGACGAGUGUCAACACAACCAUCAUAGUCUCCUACAUGGCGCGCCGCGAUUAUUUCCGAAGCCGUCCGUCAGUGCGACGACCGAAAGUCCAGCAACAGCAGUGUCGACAAAGCGAAACGACAGUGGAACCGGCGGGACCGCCGGAUCGACCCAUUGCUACACCUGCGCCAUCCGCGAGAAGGACAGAUCAUGGUCCGUGCUGUUGGCCGUCGUGCCAAUCACAAUCUGGAAUGGCAAGAAAAAUCUCGACACGUUUGGACUGUUGGACCCUGGCAGCGAAGCGUCUCUUAUCUUAGAUCAUGCGGCCGACAAAAUUGGAUUGACCGGACAGGCCCAAACGAUCCGUCUGAGAACCUUCCAUGGCCAAGAUCCGGAUAUUCCGACGCGCACCGUCAACUUCGACAUUUCUCCGAGAGACGACCAAUCACGAUUCAAAACUAUGAAUGCAUUGACCGUCCCGCAAUUGAAUUUUGCAAAGAAGAAAUGCCACUGGCCCAGCGUCAAGAAAGAAUGGAAUCAUCUGGCUGAUUUAGAUUUGCCCACGUUUGACUCAGCCCUCGUCACCGUCAUUAUAGGGCGAGAUAUACGUGGUGCUCAUCGUAUUCUAGAAGAACGCUGCCACUCCGGAGACACUGGCCCAGACGCUAUUUUAACGCCAUUUGGCUGGUGCGUAGCCGGUGCAGUGCCAUCACGAGUGUUCGAGGCCUCCGAAAGAAGACCCGGGAUUUAUCAAAUCCAUUUUCAGCCAUCCGACUUAGAGUUGAGAGAAGAUAUCGCGAGGCUGUGGCAAACCGAAGCCUUCGGUGUCCAGAAACCAACUCAGCCGAUUCUCUCUCCCGAAAACCGGAAGGCGAUGGACAUCCUUGAAAAAUCUAUCCGCCACACCGGAGAGCGACAAGAAGUCGCAUUAAUGUGGAAGGAAGAAACCGCAGUGCUGCCAAACAACUAUUCGUCGGCGGUGCAGCAGCUGCAACAUUUGUCCAAGCGCUUCAAACGAGACCCAGCGUACGGCGAAAAAUAUAACAAGGUCAUUCAAGAAUACUUGUCGCUCGGCCACGCUAUUCCUGUCGAUCCGUCUGACACAGGUACGCCCGGUCGCUUGUUUUAUUUGCCACAUCAUGGUGUCACGUCCGUGAAUAAGCCGGACAAAGUCCGCGUCGUUUUCAACUGCUCGGCUCGGCAUAAUGGAAUCAGCCUCAACGACAUGCUCUACCAAGGCCCGGAUUUAUUAACCAGCCAAGUCGCAGUCCUCCUCCGCUUCCGUCAAUUCCCGGUACCGAUUGCCGGAGACAUUGAAAAAAUGUACCAUCAGGUGCAAGUUCCAGCAAGCGAUCAAUCCGCUCUUCGUUUCCUGUAUCAGGCGCCUGGGAGUAACGAACCAAUCAAAGUGUUCCAAAUGACACGACAUGUUUUCGGUGCCGUUUCAUCACCAACGACGUGCAUUUUCGCUUUGAGAAAAACCGCCGAAGAUAAUCGACAUUUUUAUCCGAAGGUUGCCGAUCUCGUGCUGUCGAACACGUAUGUCGACAAUCUACUCUACUCCGCCGAAAACGAAGAAGAAGCCAUUCGCGACGCCAAGGACUUCAAGGCCCUAUGCCUAACCGGUGGAUUUAACGUUGUACAGUGGAUGUCGUCAUCCCGCCGUGUUCUCUCGACAGUCGCUCCGUCCGAGCUCUCUCGUCCUCAUCUCGACUUUAAUUCUGAGUUGCUCCCGGUCGAAAGAGCGCUCGGCAUCCUGUUGGAUUGGGAGACCGAUCAAUUCAUGUAUCGAGUCGAACUGAAACCGGCAUCGACCAUGCGUGAAGUGCUGCAAGGUUUAUCGAAGGUCCACGACCCUCUUGGCCUCAUUGCCCCCGCCAUUUUGCCAGCCCGAAUCUUAAUGCAAGAUAUAUGGCACAGCCGGUGCGGAUGGGACGACGAGCUGGACCAAGAAUUCCGAAAAAUUUGGGCAAAUUGGACCAUCGAGCUAAAACUUCUCGAAAAACUCCGCAUUCCGCGUUGCAUCCGCCGCGUGUCCCACCCCGUUCAGCUGGAACUUCAUGCGUUCAGCGAUGCCAGCGAAAAUGGUUUUGGUGCGUGUGUUUAUCUCCGAUGUUCAUAUUCGGACGAAGACGUUAGUGUCGCCUUAGUGCUUGGCAAGGCAAGAGUGGCACCGUUGAAACAGUUAUCGAUCCCGCGACUCGAACUUCAAGGAGCUGUUUUGGCCGCUCGACUCGUCAGCACAGUCCGACAAGAAAUGAAUUUGAUGGACGUCUCAAAAACAUAUUGGACCGACUCGCAAACAGUCCUUCAGUGGAUUCAUUCGACGUCCCGUCGCUACCACGCUUUUGUAGCUCACCGAAUAACCGAAAUCGUCGACCAGUCAGUGGCAAAAGAGUGGCGACAUAUUCCGGGCGAGCUCAAUCCAGCAGACGACGCUUCGCGUGGCAUUCCAGCGUCAUCUUUAAACCCGAAACACCGUUGGUUUUGUGGGCCAUCAUUUCUCCGGAUGCCCCGCGAAAACUGGCCAGCGCCCGAACAAAUUUCCGAGCCCAGCUCUGACGAUCCAGAAGUUGCCCCGUCACGCUGGAUGGGAGCGAUUUCGAGCGAACCCAUCACCCCGCUAAUCCGCAUUGCCGAACGUGUGUCAACUAUGGACAAAUUCAAAUCAUCCGUCGGCUGGCUACGGCGCUUUGCGCGAAAUUAUUCGUCAAAGGUAAAGCUCCAAUCAACGCCCAGCUUUUUAUCCGUCCCCGAGCUCCGCACGGCAAUGACGUUCGCCUUCCGCAUCGAUCAACAACAUUAUUUCGCCCGUGAGUUGGAAUUUCUCCGCAAAAGGCGCCCAUUGCCCGUCGAUUCAAAGCUGGUACAUCAUACCCCCUUUCUCGACGUCAAUUCCGUCAUGAGAGUCGGUGGCCGUCUAGAUAGAAGCGCAUUCAACGAAGAUAUGAAGCAUCCUAUCAUCCUCCAUCACGAAAGUAAAUUGGCCCGAUUGGUUAUUCGUGAGCGACACAUUUAUCUCGAACAUUCGCGACCUGAUCGCACGCUCCACGAUGUCCGAUCGCGGUAUUACAUCCCGAAGCUGAGACGCAUUAUAAAAUCCGUCGUCGGAGAGUGUGCAAGAUGUCGGCUGUUACGCUCAAAACCAGCCCCGCCAAUUAUGGCUCCUCUUCCGUCUUACCGUCUCCGCCCGUUCACUCGACCAUUUUCCGGAACGGGAAUAGACUACUUUGGACCGAUGACCAUCACCAUGCUCCGACGAUCGUUGAAAAGAUGGGGCGUGAUGUUCACCUGUUUAACGACCAGAGCCGUCCACAUCGAACUCGCCGAAACGCUGUCGACCGACUCGUUUCUUCUCGCUUUCUGGCGAUUUGCAAAUGUACGAGGGUGCCCUGGUGUCGUUUAUAGCGACAACGGCACAAACUUAGUCGCCGGCGAAAAGGAAAUUUCCGAAGGUCUGGCGCGGUUCAAUCAAGAAAGAAUUGGAUCGAAAUUGGCGAAACGCGGCAUCGAAUGGCACUUCUCUCCUCCCGUCGCGCCGCAUUUUGGCGGUUCAUGGGAACGCCUUAUUCAGUCCGCAAAAUCCGCACUACGCAUCAUUCUCAACGGUCGGACAGCGUCCAACGAAAUUCUGCAAUCUGCCUUAGUCGGGGCAGCAGCGUUAAUGAAUGGACGCCCUCUCGAAUAUGUCCCGGUCGACCCGCAAGAUCCCAUUCCGUUGACCCCCAAUCAUUUUCUUCUCCUCGAAGCUCAUCCGAACGAACCUCUGGACGUCAUCGAUCUGUCAGAAAAACCAACCACCAAAGGAUGGAGAGCAGCUCAAGAUCUUAUCACUCAUUUCUGGCGUAGGUGGCUCCGCGAGAUCGUCCCGAAACUUAAUUCUCGAUCAAAAUGGACAGCGCCGAAUCGAAAUAUCGCUGUCAACGAUAUUGUCUUGAUUGUUGAUCCAGCCACUCGAAGAGGUGAGUGGCCGCUCGGCCGCGUCCACGAAGUCUUUCCCGACCUCAACGGCACCGUUCGCUCCGCAUCCGUCGCUAUUUGGUCCGGAAAAGGCACCGAAACGAAACUUUGGACCCGAGCGGCUCAUCAGCUGUGUGUGCUGGAAACCGAAGAACGCGAUGUUUCGGACAUCCGAAACAGGGCCGGCUGUGUUACGGAUGGAAAUUUGACACCUCAGCGCCCUUAGGGCACCGAAAUUCCCAUCCCGGGACAAAGCGGUCCAGACCACAGGCAGUGGCAAUUCCGACACCGUAGAGCUAAUAUCUCUCCCGAUUCUCGAUCCGAGACAAUUCAAGCUCGUUUUGUAUCGAACUCAUUUUCUCAAAUUGUACUCUUUCGUGUCAAUACAAAAGUGCUAAUUUUUCCCCCCACACUGAUCACUCGAAUUUAUCGACCCGUUAUUUCGC